AUGAAUAAACAAAAACGUGGAGGUAUAGUUUCUUCUCUUUCUCUCACUUUUGGGUUUCAGACUUUUUUUUUCUCACAAGAAAAAAAAAACGAGGGUUUUCUUUUGAUUUCGUGGGGAGGAGACAUCAAAUUUCGUUUCUUUUGCAUGAAACUUGGAAAAAGUUCAGAUACUAUUAGAAUUUUUGGUCUUUCAUACUCCACUUAAUUACUUUUUAAUUCAGUAUUUCUCAGUAUGAAAAAGAAGCCACAAAGAUUUGAAUUUGUCUUAACUCUUUUCUCCGAAUAAUUCCUUUUAUUUUCUUUCCGCCGUUUCUAUGGCGAAGGAAAACAUUUUUUUUUCCUUGCGACAAGACGCAUUGAAAGCUUUUUGUUCGUUGCUAUGCUUUAUAUUGAAACCUCAAAAGUCUGGACAGACUUUCUUGUUCUGUUUUCUGGUUUUAGAUCUUUUCAGAUCAAUUCUUUUUAAACGAGAAACUGUUAUUUGUCAAAUUUUAACUACAUUUACAGAUGAUACGCGAGAUAAACCCGAUCUGGCAAGCUUUGCUCGCCGCUACGUUCACUUGGGGCGUUACGGCGCUCGGCGCUUCACUAGUUUUUGUGAUGAAACAUCAAAGCAAAAAAAGCUUCUUGGUUCGUUUUUUUCGGUUUUAAAUACAUUUUUUUAUGUAUUUUUCUCAAAGCUUUUUUUAGUAAACUGAAAAAUUCGAUUUUGGUUUAGCUUCCUAUAUUCGAAAAGUUCAGAAAUCUCGCUCAUUUAUUUCGCUUCGUUUUUUUUAAAUAAAAUAAGCCAAUUUAAGUAUCAGAAUUAAUAUUUUUUGAAUUGAAAAAGUCGCUCAUUUUAUUUUUAUUUUUAUACUGUUUAAAAAUUUUCUAUUUUUUUGUUGUAUAUCAUUUUGAAAAAUAGUCUAAUUUUUAUUUGAAUGCAAAUAAUCUAGAUUUUUUUGCGACGGUGUCGAUUUUGACUUUAAGAAUUUACGGAAAUUAAAUAUAAUUACACAAGGCUCCCACCUAAUUUCAUAUCGGGCUCUUUUCCGCUCAACUAUAUCUAUUCUAUACAAUGUAUAUUUGUUUUUGAGCAAAAUAAAUGAAAAAAACUUUCCUGACCGGCGUUUUUUUCGUUGGAAAAGAAACAAAUUAAAAAAAAAAGAAUGUUACUUCAAAAUUUAUAUCCUCUAUAGGGUUAAUACGAGUUAAAUAUUGAUUGUGAGUUCAAGAACUGCUAAUUUCCUGAAAUAAUUUUCUUGGGAUCGGAAAUUUAUUGGUUUUUAAAUUUUCCAAACAGCCUAAAAUUUGAUGAGCACGUAUAAUUCAUCCAUAGGCAACAUUAGAACUAUAAUUCAGGUCGAUUUAAUGUUUUUCGAAUUGUUUUAUGACGCAAUUUCUACGAUUAUACGUUGAUUUAUCGACAAAUCGGAGCCAGGAAAAAAUAUAGACAAUGAUACUUUAAUAUACAAGCUCGAUAAGUAUUUUGGAUACCUUUUCAGCGGCUUAGAAAACCACCUGAAUCAAUAGGGGGCACGAAAGUGAUAAAAAAAACACCCUGUUAGCCCAUGUACGAAAUUGGAUAUUUUCACAAUAUUGCUUUUCACCGCUUCUAUAUUCAUGAUUAUGACGUUUGUAGACGUGAGUUUGGGGUUCGCGGCUGGCGUGAUGACGGCAGCGUCGUUCUGGUCGUUGCUGGCGCCGGCGAUCGAAAUCGCCGAGGUCGACCACAAAUCCCUAGCUUUCCUUCCUGUUGCUCUGGGGUUCGCCGUAGGAGCCGCUUUCGUCCACUUUGCUGAUCGGUUACUCCCUGCGUGAGUUUUUCUCAAUUUUUCAUUCAAAUCGAAGGCUCAAAGUAACGAUGAUUUCUGAAUAUCCAAAACUAAAUCAUUUUUCCCCUUUCAGACAGUCAUUUAUAGUUUGCCCGAAUCUGUAUCCAAGCUUAUUCAGAUCAUUUUUAUCAUUUUAUCCUUUUCAGAACUCUUUGAGCUCACAGUAGGACUUCUGAAUGAGGCUAACUGCCAUUUUUUAACGAUUAUCACGAAAUGGCUCCUGAUGGUUGUGAAAUUCAUCUGGUGAAUUUUUAUUAGAAGUAACUGAAAGCUAAGACCAAUUUGAUACGAAAUCAUUGAUUACUUUGAGCCUCCUUACAUUUGAGAAAAGAAAAAUGAAAAACAUGAUACAUUUCUCUACAAAAUGGCAAAAAAUUGUUUUCUUCCAAAAAGUGCUUGAGCGAUUUCAAAGUGAAGGAAAAAUCGCGAAAAAAGCCGUGAAAAGAUAGCCGAAUACAAAUGAGCUGCAGGGAGAAUCGUCGACAAGAAAUAAAGGUCGCGAAUUUCGCCAGGGUGUGCUAAAGUUUGUUUUUAAAAUGCGCUCCACGCAGAGGUGGAAGAAAUGAAGGGCCCUCCCGGGCGCAACAUGCCCGCCUCAGCCAUCAGGCCCCUGAGAUGAAAUGAGCCGCGUCAUUAUGUUUCGAUGGCGUGUAAUACCACGUGGCAAACGUUGGGCGAAAAUUGUCAUUUAUAUUAAUUUUUUCAUUUAAUCUUAGUAUUCGCAAUUUUUGACUAUCUUUUUAAAUGUUUGGUGGUUAUGAUGUCCAGUUAAAACUUCUAUGUGGAGUGUGGUCAUAUUUGUUCUUGCUUUAGGCGAAAAGUUUCAGAUUUAUGGUUAGGGAUCCGCUGAGAGAAGAAAUUUCCGCCGCUACAAAAUCAGAAUUUUCAAAUAACCUUUAAUUUAGAAGCUUCGAAAACAACGAUUUUGAAAAUUUUUGAAAAUACUAAUUUUUUCGCGUAUUUUUUCUUCCAAUGGCGUUUUUUGCCAUCGCGGCUUUGGCCCCGGGCACCCUGGGCAGCGACUUAUUAAGAAAUGACAUGGCGGCCUACGUCGGUUUUGAAAUGUAAACGUUUAAAAACGCUUAGGGGCGCCAUUUCUCCACCUCUGGGUCCACGGAACAACGCCGGAAAUUUGAAAAAUUGUAUUUCAUUUAUUUUUUUAAUGUUUUUUUGGAACUGUUAAUUAUCAAACUCUCUUGUAUAUUCUAUUUCAGCUUCUUUAUAAUGUAAAAUCUACUUUGAAAUUAUUGCUGAGUCUUCUUUAGAACAGAUCCAUAUUAAUAAUUUUUUCAUUUUUCUGCUAUUCAAUCGUUUGGGAGGCUUGUCACAAGAAAUUCGUUUCUUUCCCGAAAUAAGUAAAUAAAUGUGUGUCUCUCGCAAAAAAGACCCUAUAUGAUCUAGGUUAGACACAGAAACAUGAUUCUGAAUCUUUUUUUCUCGAUAAACUCUUUGUUUUGAAUCUUCCUAUAUAAAGUAGGUAGUUGGUUCAUGAUUGAAACAUAAAGAAAUAGGAAAAAAUGUUAAUAGAUGUUUUAUAAACCGAAAAAAAUGGGCGGAAAGGGAUUCAGCGGAUAGUUGGCCGUCGGAAAGUUCCCUAGCGAUACGAAAAAAUAGGAAAAGUCGCCUUUUGAAAUUUCGCCGACUUUUUUUUCAUAGCAUCAUUUUUUUUCGUUGGCUCUACAGCGGGACGGCGCGAUUUUCGCAGCUUUUUCAUCAUGUACCCCAUUUUCAGCUGUAUAACUGGCGAAGACGCGGUAGCAGAGCUGUUGAAGCCGUCGCCGUCGGCGUCGCGUGACACUGAGAUGUCGCUGAUGUCGCACGAACGACGCGAAGACCUGGACGUCGCGGCACUCGCACGGUACGGUUUGAGUGACGCGACUGACGGAGGGCCGGCGCGCCGACGCAAACGGCUCGUCGACCCGAGGUGAGGAGAGACCGCACUCGCCCAUCAUCAUACUCAACAACAACAUCAGAAAAAACUUCGUUGUCGUCUUCCACCCCCACCGGCCUCUGUUCCUCCUAUUUUCGUCUUUUCUUGUCUUUUCUAUGUCCUCGUCAUUUUUUUUUCGUAGACGGUAUAUUAAAAAGGGCAGAGGCUGUAGGCGAAAUUUUCUCUGAAAAGGCUCAAAAGACGAAUUUCAAUAAAUUGAUGAAAUUGGGACAGGUUACUCUCUAGAAUUUUCUGAAACAACAUCAAGAAGUGAAUUUUAUGCCUCUGAAAUUUCUCUCUUCCGCUUUUUUUUGCGAAUCUCUGCUCAUUUCUGAUCAGAAGGCACUAGAGAAAAUCUCGCACCCGAAAAAAGGUCGAUAUUAUUUUUCAAAUGCGUCAAAACUUCAGAAACUUUGAAUUUAUAAUCAAUUUGAAGCUUUUAAAGACGGCAUUAAAAGAGCGUACCUACAAAUGCUUUUCAACUUCUUUUUAUUUUUGAUCGGCUUGCUUCGUGUUAACACUGCCAGUAGGAAAUUCAUGUUUGUUUUUUCAAAAAAUCGAAAUCUCAAAAUCAAGACAUUUUGAUUUUCAAAAAAUUAGAAAAUUAGGUUCAAAUUUUUGAAAAUCUUUGAUGCUUGUUUGAAAUAUUUUUUUGUUUUGUGCCGUAUUUUUUGUUCGCGUUUUUUUUUCGGAAAAAAAAAACAGGGCUGGUGCAGGUGAAAGGCUUCGGAAUGUUGAUAAGUGUUGUUAUCUUUUGAAAAAAAAAAAAUUGAAGCUUGAAUCCAGGAAGAUUCAAAUUUUGAGUGCGCUUUUUCCUUGUUUGCUUUGACUUCAUACCUUCUUCGAGAAAAAACUCGAAAUUUCUUCUCCCUUUUCCUUACUUUGCAUGUUUUUGUAUGCAGUGUGUGGCUUUCAAUAUAUUUCUAAAACAUUCAGUCCGGUAAAUGAAGAGGAACGACAUUUGAGCUCGGAAACCAGUCAUCAUGGGAAACCGGACGUUGUUCAGGUGGAUAGAUUCAAGAAAAUAUUUCGAAAUACUUUUUAGACGAAAGAUUUAGAAUUUCGAAACUUGGUUGGGCUUAGUUCGAAACUAUACUAAAAAGGAAAGUCAUUUUGCUUUGAGGUUAGAGUUUUCCUUCGAAAUGUCCAUAACUCUCCGUGAUGUACCACGAGUAGGUUUUGAAAGUCUCAGCCUGCACAACUUCUUUGUUUCGGAAAAAUUCAAGGCUCAAAGUCCAAAGUCCUGUUCAUCCGAGUUUUGAGGGUUUUCUUUGACUUGGAGGUGUCCUUCGAAAGCUAGGAAAUUAUGCAGGUUGAGACUCAUCUGUUACAUCACGGAACUAUCCAAAUAAUUUCCAGAAAAUUCUGAACCACAAAGUAAAAUUACCUUCCUUGUAAGUCCUUGUAUUUACCUUUUCAAAUAAAUUAUCGAAAUGUACUUUUUCAAAUUUUUGUUGAGAGAGAUUUUGAAAUUAUUUUUUCCAGGGGACAACACUGGAUGACAUGCGAACUUCGUGGCGCCGAAUUUUGCUUCUUAUUCUGGCUGUGACGGUUCAUAAUAUUCCAGAGGUUUGAUAUAGCUCAAAUCGAGUAAUCCCAACUUUAUCAUCUCAGGGUCUGGCGGUUGGUGUCGGCUUCGGCUCCGUGGGCCGAACUCCGUCCGCCACUUUUGAAUCGGCCUUCAAUUUAGCGAUUGGAAUCGGACUUCAGAAUUUUCCGGAAGGUUAAGAAAAUUAUUUGUUCAUUGCUCACCCUCCAUCUUCAGGUCUUGCCGUGUCCCUCCCAUUGGCUGCUUUUGGGCAUUCAAAGCUCAAGGUGAGAAAAAAAAAUUGGGUUUAAAGUACAAAACUAUGCGUUUGAAGCGGCUGAGAAAAAUAUUGAGGAGAAAAUUACAGGAUUGCCUCCCUCCCGGUUACAGUUUUUCGAUAAUAAUUUAUUUUAUAAAAUGUCGGGAAAGUUGAAUGAAUCAAUAUUUAAGAAAAAAUUUGGAACUACUUUUUUCUACAUUUUUUUGUUACAAUAAACUGGAGUUAAAUGUGGUCGUAGCCCACGUAUUUUUACAAAUCUUUCAAAGAGAUAAUAUUUUUAGGCGUUCUGGUACGGACAGCUGUCGGGAAUGGUCGAGCCGAUAGCCGCGCUGCUAGGAGCGGCGGCCGUCAUCUUCAUGGAGCCGGUGCUGCCGUACGCCCUGGCCUUCGCGGCAGGCGCCAUGAUCUACGUCGUUGUGGACGACAUCAUUCCGGAGGCGCAGCGCAACGGAAACGGGAAAUUGGCCUCGAUUGGCUGCAUCGUCGGGUUCCUCGUCAUGAUGUGCAUGGACGUCGGAUUGGGAUAA